AUGGGAGGAGAAAGUUGUUCUAAAGUAAAGGCAAAAGGUGCGUAUGUCACAGGACUAAUUAAAAUUAAAGAAGUUAUUGAUUUAUUUGUAUACGUGGGAGAAAAAGGUAAAAUAAACAGUAAUUCAUUUAAUGGUAUUCCCCAACAAGUCCUAAUCUCAGGUGGUGGGGCCACCGAUAUUAGGCUUAUAAAUAACACUACAUGGUAUGAUUUCAAUUCUUUGAAGAGUCGAAUCAUGGUUGCCGCUGGAGCAGGAUCGGGAGAAAGACUUUGUGGUGGGGAUGAAGGAAGAUUAGUUGGAUUGUCAACGGAUCAGAAGUUUACAGAUUCUGGUAAAACUCAAAAAAACGGAACUAGUGGAGGAACACAGCAAUCUGGUGGCUUAUAUGGGUGUGAUGUUGUAUAUCAAUCUUGCGGCGCCUCAGGAAAAUUUGGAAUUGGUGGAUCUGGAUACGCAGCAAAAGAUUCUGGCCCAAGUGGGGGAGGAGGAUACUAUGGAGGCGGUGGGAUAUCAUGGGCAGGAAGCGCAAGUGGAGGAUCUAGUUUUAUAAGUGGUUAUCAAGAUUGUGAUGCAAUUUUCGAAAAUUCUACUGAAAAUCAAAUAUAUCACAGCGGAAAACCAUUCCAUUACUCAGGUAUGUACUUCACCGAUGGUAGAAUGAUUGAUGGUCAACAUGAGAUGCCCUCAACGGAUCUUAUGUCAACUGAAAUUGGUCAUGAAGGGAAUGGGUAUGCCAUAAUCACUUGUAUUGCUUGUAAUGCUAUUUAUUCAUGUCAAAUGAAUAUUUAUCUCAUGAAAUAUUUUUUAAUUACUAAUUAUUUCAUUAUUUUAUCAUAA